CGGCCGCGCGGCUGCUGGCGGUGCCUGGCUGAAUGCGAGACCUGCACGGACCCGGCGGCAGACGGCGGCUUUCGACUCCGGGAAGCGAAACGCGCUGGCCAUGGCCUCCAACUUUAACGACAUAGUCAAGCAGGGUUACGUGAAAAUCCGCAGCAGAAAGCUCGGGAUUUUCAGACGAUGCUGGUUGGUUUUCAAGAAGGCUUCUAGCAAGGGACCAAGACGGUUAGAAAAAUUUCCAGAUGAAAAGGCAGCUUAUUUUAGAAACUUUCAUAAGGUAACUGAAUUGCACAACAUCAAAAAUAUAACCAGACUGCCUCGAGAGACAAAAAAGCAUGCAGUGGCAAUUAUUUUUCAUGACGAAACGUCCAAGACAUUUGCCUGUGAGUCAGAGCUGGAGGCAGAGGAGUGGUGCAAACAUCUCUGCAUGGAGUGUCUAGGGACCAGGCUCAACGACAUCAGCCUUGGAGAGCCAGACCUCCUGGCUGCAGGAGUGCAGCGGGAACAGAAUGAAAGAUUCAAUGUUUAUCUCAUGCCUACACCAAAUCUGGAUAUUUAUGGUGAAUGCACAAUGCAGAUCACUCAUGAGAAUAUCUAUCUCUGGGAUAUCCACAAUGCCAAGGUCAAGCUGGUGAUGUGGCCUCUCAGCUCCCUAAGGAGAUAUGGUCGAGACUCCACGUGGUUCACCUUUGAGUCAGGAAGAAUGUGUGACACAGGAGAAGGACUAUUCACUUUUCAAACAAGGGAAGGAGAAAUGAUCUAUCAGAAGGUCCAUUCUGCGACACUGGCCAUAGCUGAGCAACAUGAAAGAUUAAUGCUAGAAAUGGAGCAGAAGGCCCGGCUUCAGACAAGCUUGACUGAACCAAUGACGUUAUCCAAAUCCAUCUCUCUUCCUCGCAGUGCGUACUGGCAUCACAUUACCCGUCAGAACAGCGUUGGUGAGAUCUACAGUUUGCAAGGUCAUGGGUUUGGUUCGUCAAAGAUGUCUCGUGCACAAACAUUCCCCAGCUAUGCCACGGAACAGAAUGAAGAGGCUCAGCCUCCCUUGUCACGGUCUAGCAGCUAUGGCUUCAGCUACAGCUCCAGCCUCAUCCAGUGACAUACAGAGGCCACCUCUGACCAGACAGUCUGUCCUGGACCUGCCUGCAGGGUCACUGCGCCCUCUGCCUCCUGGAAGACCAACUGCAGUACACACUGACAUGGGUUGGGUCUAGCCCCAAUUCCAUUGAAAGGUUAAAAACUGGAGUUCUGCUUCCUUGAUUAGUGGCUAAGUCCUUUAUUUAUUGAAUUUCUAUGGGGGAAUCUAUGUUUUACAAUAAUAGAAUGAACAGUCAUUUAAAUAAACAAAAUCCUUUGAGUCUGACAGUAGCAGAAGCCUUGGUGUUGGGAGAAAUUGCCCACACUGGGUGGGUGUGGUGACCGAGUGACACCUGUCUUCAGUGCCCAGCCGUGCCUCUGAGCACAGGGUCUGUCCUUAGGCAUCUUGCUGACCUACCACAAGUUUUGUGGCUUGUUCAGUUUUGACAGGGUCAAAUUUAGUAAGCUCUGCAAAUGGCAUCUUAACCCUUGGUAGAAAUAAAUCCAGUGACAAUUAAGGGAAUGUAAAUUAGAACACUCUGUUAAUCAGGGUCUGGUAGCUCUGCUGUCGUGCGUGCGUGCGUGCGUGUGUGUGUGUGUGUGUGUGUGUGUAGACAAAUAUAGAUAUGGAUAUUGCUAUAUCCAUCUAUAUAUAAUAAGUAUAUAUAUAUAUACAUAUAUAUGUGUGUGCUGAGGGUGACAGGAUAUGCUCUAUUAAAUUGUUGAAAACUGUACUUUGUUGCAUUAAAAUUAAGAUUGCUAUGUUGAAUAGCUAUUUUUAAAAUAGUGCUUUUUUUUCAAAAAAAAAAAGGCUUCUUAUUAGCAAAAGUAUUUAUGUAGUCCAGUCUGCUCUUGUGAAAAGUCUGAGCAAAAAUGUGAGAAGGGGAAUGUUUGGGAAGCAAGAGCUUAGCUGUCUUACCUGUCAUGCUGUCACACUGUGUGUCUGGUUAGUGUUUCCAUACUGUUGACAGUGUUUCUCUUCUUCUGAGCUACAUGAGGAAGAUCUGAUGUGAUCACUGAUUAGCUUUCAAUUAACCUGGGGAAAAAGAGACUCCAAAUGAGAAACUAAGAAAGAAAAGAAAACGCACACACAUUUUUAAAGAAAUCAGCUAUUUUUCAGUAAGAGAAGAAAAACCAGGCACAGAACAGUAGCUCUCAACAUUUAAAAUUUCAUAGAUACUAUUCCCAGGGGCCAAUAGGUACUUCUAAUUUCCUAUGUAACCAGACCUCACUGGGUUUCAUUUUCUCUUGGAAUGGACAUGGUUUGUCUGAGGUUAUAGGUGGAAAAGGAUCAAAUAUAAAUACUUUUAGGGCUGACACUGUUGAGAAACCUACACCAUUAAAGGGAAGUAGUGGUUUCCUCACGAAUGGAGGGAGUCUGGCUAAAUUCAGUCAACAUAGUUAUGUGUGUCCCUAAUUUUAAAAGCAAAAAUAAAAAUUAUUCUGCCUGAAACAUUUGAUACAGUGUGUCUAAUAUUGGUAUCUCUCAAUUACUCUAGCAUGGGUUUAAAGGAUGGUGAGACUGACUUUUUUUCUUAAUAGCAAAAUUUUUAUACGAACAAAAGCAGUCUGUUGAAGGGUACCUGUUUUGCUGGUCCCUGUUAAGAUUUUUUUCAUAUCUAUUCACAGCCUGAGAGUAGGUUGACCAUUCAUCUAAGUGAAUUACUAUUGAAUAAAAAUGAUUCCAUACCCCUUUUUGAUAAAUGUACACUUAAAACUACCUAGACUCUCUGAAUCACUCAGAUAGAUAUGAAAACCCCAUCAAGAUGCUAAUCAUAAGAGUUAAUGUGGCUGCAAAAAAUAAAAACCCUAAGCCUUCAGGGAUAAAAAGGAAAUUACUCAAACUCUCUUUGCUGUGAAUUUUGCUGGCACAGCAGAGGAGCAGAUAACUGGAUUCUUUCAAGGAUACAGCCUUCCCUGGGAUCCCUGCUUUCGGGGUUCACACCUCUGAAUUUCUUUAGUGCUUGGCAUUUGCUUUGGAAAUGCUAUUACUCAAAUAUACCAGAGCAUCUCCCAGCUGAGACCAUUUGAGCACAGUUCCUAGUGCAGCCAAUUCAGAGCAAGCCUCUCACUGCCUCACUCGGUUGAGCUGUUGCUUAGACACCAGAAGUUUCUAUAAGGGACUUAUGGGGAAAGGCCCUCAGGGGUCCUAGUUCAUGUCUCAGCUUUAUUAAUGUGCCAGAAGCACAGACAGCAGGUCCAGGGGGAUUCUGCUAAUUACACAAGUCUGCUCUUGUGUCUCUUUGGUGGGAGACAAGUAUCUGCAUGAAUCACUUCCAGAACACCGCUGGGUUCUGAUCUUCCCUGGUGAACUAACUGAGAAGGUAUAACCUUGAGCCAGUUUACUCUGAAAAUAGUGUCACAGAAAAAGUGUGUGGGAAAUUUACUUCUCAAGGCUUUAAUCCAAUCUCAUCCUAGUGAGGAUGAUGCUAUAAAAUAUCUCAUGGUAGUGUUUUGAAGCUUUAUUCUAGUAUCCUCCUUCACAUAUACAUUCAACUGAGUCAAAACUGCAAAGUGAACAGAUAGAAUUUAUAGUAACCUCAUACACUUGAAAAAAGGCAGUGUUCGUUGUAAUAAAAAUGACAAGCAGAUAGAGCUACAAAAACCAAAGACAGAAACUUAUUUGUAUCAGUCCCUUGGAACUUCAUAAAGAUCAGUUCCACUGGAAUGACUAGAAUAGGUGUGGGCCUGUGUUCAGCUCACCCAAGCUUGUGGGUUUUUGACUGAAGAUCCCUCUAUAUUUUGCAAGUCCUUUCUCUCUCCAGAGAUGUACUAUGUCUUUAAACAUGCAGACAACUUUUUCAUGGUGAGGGAGGGAUUUCUAUGAACCAAAGACAUCUUUUGGCUCCGAAAGUGACUCAACUGGGGUUUCACCCAGAUUAGUACAUGUAAAUAAAGAUGGUCACCAUUUCUACAUCAGUUUGGAAGAGAUCCAUGAUCAAGGAACCUCACAUUCAUAAUAAAGUCUCUUCUGACAGCAGAGAAAUCCUGGGCACACCUAUCUCAUAGAAAGAUUGUAUGAGGGGAUUUAUUUUUCAUGUCCUCAACUGUUUCUUAUGAUAAUCUUAAUGUGCAUAACCAACAUAUGACAUUAAUUUAAAGGCUGGAACAGUACACAAUGAACUUUACUCCGUGGUUCACUAUUCUGCUGGGGGAUGGGGCAUAAGACAAACCUUUCACUUACUUAAUGGACAAACAGUAGGCACUCAGAGAUCAUUUAUUUAGGCAGGCUGAAAAUAUUUCUGAAUCUGUAGGUUCUGGCCACUGCCAAAAUUUGAAUUUUAUAAAAAAUAUCUAUUUACAUACAUAUUACGGAAGAUGCUGUUUUAUAGAGCAUGUGAACUAAUCUUCACCUCUUUCACCAAUUAGUCAUCACAGCACUAGUCCUAGUAUCUUGUACAAUUCUUCUGUCUUCAUUAGACAUUUAUGUUUGAAAAGUGUUCAUCCCCUAUAAAAUAAUUAGCCAUUAGUAUCUUCUGUCCAACCCAGAAACAGUGGCUUAACAAAUAGCUUUACACUGUUAGUAGUAGUCUCUACAGAUCCCAUUUAUUGCAUGUGGUAUCUUUAUAGUAGAUAUUAAAAUAUAUCAUAAAGAUUGAUGUCUACUCAUUAUUUGGCAAAUAUCUCAAAUAACUUUGCAAAAAAGCAUGAGUACAGUAUUCCCUUGAUUAUUGGAAACAUUUAAUGUACUAAAGUCAAACAUUAGUGCUAUAUAAAAAGAAGCCAAGGAAAUCAUAUUAUUAUAAAAAUUGUAGUUCAGUUCUAUUAUAACACAGCACAAUAAAUGAAAAAUAUACAUACAGUAGGGCUGAACUUUAGAUGUGUAGCAUUUCAAGUUUUACAAAAAGUUACACUAAUAACUAAUCAAAGUGAAAAUUACAUAUUCUCCAAUUCUAUUAACAUGUCUAUCAAUAUUUUACAUUUCAAAUUACAUUAUCAAUAACUAAUUAUAUACUCCCAGACCACUUCUGUCUCAAAGUAGAUAAAAAUUUACCACAGGCAUGCAUUAAUAGUUAUAACAACAGGUGAUAUGUCACACAUAUUAAUAUCUAACCUAUGAAAUUUAUGGAGUGUGUAUUUAUAGGCUAUGAAAUUUAUAGGAUGCAAUUUCCCAUAAAAUUAGUAGAGAGGGAUAGUGACUAGUCAGGAGGAUAAUUUAGGUAAAAUGAUAAAGAAUUCAUUGAGAGGUGCCUCACAAGUACAAGGUCCUGAGUUUGAUUCCCAGUACCAAAAAGAAAAAAAAGAAAGAAAGAAAAGAAAUGGAUUGAAAUGUCAAGAACAACACUUAGACCCUAGUUUCCUAACACUGUAAUCCAGCUCUGUGUCACACACACUUGACCUUCUUUACCUAAUGUAUCAUUUCUUAAUAUGACCACAGAAACACACAUUAGCAACAAAUAUGCUUUUUUUCCAUUCUGUGAAAAAAAUUUAGCACAAAAGUAUUUAGCAUUUUAAUCCUCAUACUAAAAUGUAUCUUCAGUAAUAUGAGAAUCAUUUCUCUAUGGCCAACUUCAUUUUAGUGUUGUGAAUAUAUAUUAUCAUGACACAUAUAUACAUAUAUGGAACUGUGUAGGGGCUAAAUAUGGGAAAAGAUCAACAAAUCACACGUGUGAUUCCUGUGAACAUACUAAAAAGAUUACCUUUUUCUCUGUGGAACUACCACAAAUCCAAACUUUCUUCCUCAAGAAUGUGAACUUUAUUUCAACAAUUGUUCCAACAGAGAAAGUAUUAGAUAGCUUAGAGAUUGUCACAGAAUUAUGAAAAGCUGGGCACAUUUUCUACGCAGGCAGAAUGCUAGCCAGCUCCAGAAGCAAUCUUAAAGGUCACAGAGAAUAAAAGUUUCACUUUGCUUUCCUCAGGAGAAAAUUGAAACCCAUGGAUGCUGUAAUUUUUUAAAGGCAAAAUGGUGAGGCGUGGUUUCUCCUAAUUCCAGGGCCCGUGUCUAGGAAUGUUUCCUUGGCUCCAGCUGGUCUUCCAGUUAGGCUCAGCGCAAGUUGAGAAAUGCCACAUGGCCUCAUGAUAAAUACACCCUUGUACAGUUCCCAUGUUUUGAAAUGCUGUUAUUCUUCUUGUAUUGACUGCCAGCCAUAUCCAUCAAAAGGUUUUCUGAGACAUUUAAUGAGACCUUGUAGGUCAUAAAUGACUGGUAUAAGCUUUGUUAUUCUUAAAUUGUCAUUCAGUUAUGGGUUUAUUUAAAAUUCACUUACUGAUCAUAAAAUAAUUGUAAAAAAUUUAGUAGUUGUGUGUUUUUUGUGGUCCUGCUAACUCCUCAUAGUGUAAUCAUGAUUAUUGUUUUGGAAUCUCUCUCUCUCUCUGUAGUACUUUAUGGUGUCAUUAUUUAUGUUAUUUUUCCACAAUUUUGUUGGGCAAUUGAUACUAGUACAGCUAAAUUUUUUCAUGUGACCUUUAGUUUCCAACUUCAGCAGAAAUUCUGAACUGAUUUGUUUUACAUUAAAAUAAUGAAUACCUCAAGUUUUUCCUUGCAGGCAAUUAUUUACAUUUACUGAAGUUUAGAGAAAUAAGAAAUAACCUAAAAAUAUUAAGUAACAUGAAAACCACAAUUUACUUGUAAUUUUCACACACAUUUCCCUGAUUUUAACAUCUUGUAAACAUUUCAAGUAGGUAAAAAGUGCAUUUGCAAUAGAAAUGUCCCCCUAAUAAUUCCAUUAAAUGAAUACUCUUAUUUUAUCAUAUCUUCUAUACCUACUUCCCUAGUCCAUAUUUUGUAUAAUGUCUGUUGAGAGAAUAAAUGAUUGUAAUCAUUAUUUGGAACCAAUUAUACUAGUUAAUACAAUUAACUUCCUCAAUCUGUUUCCUGCUUAUUGGAUGCUUUUAGACUGAGAGCAUAAAAUCAAUCCUUUCUCUAGACACAGAAUUGUGUGUAGAGAGGUGCUGAGACCCACAGUUCCAAAAACAGUUGCUUAUUAUCAGGUCUACCAAAUUUAGAAAUCCAACUUCAGUCAAAAAAUAAAAAUUAGAUAUGAUUUAGUGCUUGAAAAAUCACUAUAAGAUUUCUCAGAAAACAUCUUGAGGGGGUUUUAUGAUGGUUUCAGAUUGUUGACUGUUUGGCUGAGGGACUGAAAGGCAGCAAAAUGAAGGACAGACUGGUAACAGUACCUUGAUAUUCAGUAUUAAUCCAAAAUUAACACAAUAAGAGAAUGGUUUAUCAACUUCAGAUGAACAAAUCUACUAUAGUGCGAGCAGCGAUACUUACUCUUCUCAAUAUAAAUUAAUAAA